CAGCAAGCAGCCCUGUGGAUGGCUCUCCACGCUCCAGCUCUCCACAGGCUGUUUGUCUGCAAUUCAGGCCCUCACCCUGACAACGUGUAUGUGAAUGGAGGUGGGGUGCUUUUCUUGCCCCUUUGUGGGAGUCUGUUAUCUGUCCAUUAGCCCAGACGACCUCCUCCCCUAACCCCCCCUGUCACCUAUUGCAGCUGAUAAAUUUGCCAAACUGACCUACGUGCGAUAGGGGGGGUUAAGGGGUGGGGCGAGCUAUUUUACUAAUCCAUUAACUACUAAUUGUCUCCUCCUAUCUUGUGGCUUUAACAAACAGAAGAAUGAGAGAAAGGAUGGCUGCACCUGGCUAUAUAAGCUGGAGAAGACAGGGACAGUCAUAAACCACAGAUGCGUUGAAGAGAAAGCAUCACAGACGAGACAUCAGGCUUUUACUUACGAUACUUUAGAUUUAGAUUUCUAUUUCUAGCCAUUUUUUGAGCCAAAUUUACUCUGUCGAACUUCGGAUAAUCAGAGAUGAGUCCAGCAAUGAGAUUCCUGCAAAUCAUGUGUGUGUGUAUGUUCAUGUCAGCUGUUGAAGCAAGGAUCUGGGCCUGGAUGCUCUCGAUGCCCUACAGCCCACCAAAAGAAGGCCCUGUGGGACUGAAAGAAAGAGAGACAGAGACACAACCAGCCAGCCAGGAGGGAGAUAUGGUUUCGUGUGAACAUGAUCGUUCGUGUGGAAAGGGUUUCUCCUGUGACCGUCAUUUCGGCCUGUGUGUUCCUCUGAGACAAGAAGGGAAGUACUGCCGCAGAGACGCUCAGUGUGUGCGGGGACUCAGCUGCAUGUUCGGAAAAUGUAUCCGCAGCAUCCCGGUGGGACAGGAGGGUGCUCGCUGUAAAGUAGAUAAAGACUGUGGGUCUUCGAUGUGCUGCGCCCGCCAUCAUGGUGAGAUGGUGUGUAAGCGGCGGCUGGUGCUGGGAGAGAGCUGCUUUGUUCCAGAUGGAGGACUGGCGUUCAGCAUCAACCAAAUCUGCCCUUGUGAUGAGGGUCUGCUGUGUCGAGGAAAUGGACAACCACAAAAGAGAGAGACAGACUUUGUGUACCAACCUGAAACCACCACCUGGACCUGCCAAGGUCCAAAGCUUUGAAACACAGCUUCUGUAAACCUAAUUUAUUACAUAUUUUUUGUAUAUAUUGUUUGUAAACUGUACAUAUGAAUUAAAAGGUUUAUUCUUCUAAA